CAGCGAUGACACAAAGGGAGAGGAGGAGAAGAGAGGAGAGCGAAGAGAAGGGAAGAGAGUGGGGAGUGAAGGCGAAGACAAAGGAGAAAGAGAAAGAGAGACAGAGGAGGAAGUCGAGCUCGAGGGAGGGAGAGAGGGUGUCGUCGCCCUUUCGUCGCUUGCCUUGCACUCUCUGCUCAACUGCCACCGCGACUAAGCGUCUGGUUUCGGCUUUGUUUCAGUUUCGACUCUAUUUCCCUCAAUAAUGCAGCGCGCUCAUGAAGUUUCUCCCCUCCCCCGCUGCAAAAUUUCUCCGGUCCUUUUGUUCACCAGAUUGUGAGGAAGAAGUUCUUGUGACUCCCUAACUGUAGCCGAGUCGUAGUUGCGUUUAGUGCAGGAUUCCAUUACCCGAGGGUUACUUUUUCCUCGGAGAUAGCUGGCGAGAGAGAGAGAGCGAGCGUGAGAGCGAGAGGUGUAGCGGUAGGUGGAUAGAGACUGUGUCGCGCAGAUGAGUCGGGAAUUUGGGGAACGUCAACUGGUGGUUCGGUUUUUGUGACUUAACCGCGGGGGUGAGUGACGACGUAGAACUCUGACUUUCAGUCAGCGUGUGACGCUUCCUGUCUUGCAGAGGUCGAGCUAUUUUGGUGCUUUUGUACUGUGGCCUUGUGAGAUGUCACUAGCACUUGAAAGGAUUUGGACAAGUUGGUCUCCUUCUCCCAAAUUAUCUGAGACCACUUUAGAGAGAGUUCCUUUGGGAGAGUUCUGUUGACGCUUUUGUGGCGUUGUGAUUACUUAUUGCAGCGUUCGAUGAACUGCGCUGUUUGAUAUACGAGGGCUUUUAAUGUUAGCUGCGGUCGACAGCAUUUAGUGAUUACCGCUGCCAAGGAAUGCUGCGAGUGACUGCACGCAAAGCCAUGUUGACCUCAGCAACCUGUCCUGACGCUCUCCUUCAGUGGGAGAAUGCGAUUGUUGGGUUGUCUUUGCUUCCGCCGUCGCAUUAAUAUGCAGAAUACAACUCGUAGGGUUUUUUUGUGUUACAUACGACGUCGUAUAGCAUCUAAAAGCCGGACAUGAUGAAUGUCACUCAAAAUGAGAUGGACACAGGAGCCAUUGCAAUUAAAGAAUAUCUCGAAGAUGGCAGAAUUGAGAAGGUUAUUCAGGAGCAACGAGUCGUCGCUAUUCAGGAAAAGAGACUAGAUGCGGCUAUUGAAGAACUGUUGAAGUUGGAAACCGAACUGCGAAGUACCUCUGAUGCUCGAAGGAUCCAAAGAGUGGUGGUUUCUAUUCUUCAACUGUGUUACGAGGCACAGGCUUGGAAGACGCUUAUUAAACAGAUUCGGUUUUUUUCUCAGUGUCCGGACCAAUUAAAGCAGGCUGUUAUCGCCAUGGUCAAUCAAGCAGUGUCAUACUUAAACGAUAUACAUGAUCCCGAAAUCAGGAUCGAGCUCGAAGAGACUCUCAACCAUGUCUCGUCUAGCAAAAAUUUGUGUCGGUAUUCGCUAUCGACUCCGCUCGAGGGUUUGGCUGGUGAUCGUAAGUCUCGACUGGCAGACUUGAAUAUGUCGGCGCUUAAGUUGUCUUGUGAGAGCCGUGAGGAGCGGGGCCAAGCCAAGGUUGAGGAGCGGGGCCAAGCCAAGGUUGAGGAACGAGGUCAGGAGCUUACAACUCCUGAUCAUGAAAGUCUACCAACCACCCCACCUCACAAGCAUAUCAAAGAAAAGGACUCCGCCCCGUCAUUAUGCAGAGCUCCCCGUAAGAAAAAAACCUACCUUGUAAGGAAGCCCGUAGGUGCAGUGCGUCGACGCUUGUUUGGUCAAGUACCCCCCGCUGAUGUAGAGGAUUUCCUAUCUGAGUUGGAGCAAAGCACCCAACAGCGAUUUAUAGACAGGUACAACUUCGACCCUGUGAAAGAGAAACCUCUUCCUGGUCGGUUUGAGUGGUCCCCUUUACGGCUACGGGAGCCACAUUAUACGAGACCCACAAGCAAGGAUUCCAGUACUGACAUACAGAGGUCAGAGUUGGCCCCUUUAUUGUCAGCAUAAUUAGUAGAUGGGGCUAUCUACCGGGUACCGUUAUAGCUGUACUACCUAACCUUUCCAUUCCUGUACUGGCUUUUCGUCGAUACAAGCAUAACAGGUUGUCAUGCAAGUACAAUAUGCAAAUCACCACCCGGUAGUAUUCCCUGCAACGGUUUACUGCAGCAAAGAGUGCAUGACCUUUGUGCAGUGGACAGGGAAACGUUUACUGCUUGUGCGUAGAUAAAGUGGUUGGAUGCUGCUAUCGAUAGUUUCUCCGAUUAACUUGCUGUACCUAAAGCAUAGUAAGUGUACAAAUCUAUAGGAGGAUCUGGGAGUAGGAACUGAUGUGGCUGCGAAUUGCCGUCCCUCUAGCUCUCUCCGUCUCAUUCCUUGUAACAAUAGCAGACAUUGCGAAUUACUUAAAUUUGUGGCAACAGUAAUAAGUUGAAGUAGCGCACGACACUUCAGUGGGUGCGCAUUCAGCGGAGGUAAUGGAGAUCGCGGGGACUCGCGUGUUACACUACCGAGCUCUCGUAAAGCAAGGACCACAUUCUUUUACACAGAUACUAUAAUCUUUGUAAAUCUUUGUAAGUAGUUUUAGAGUUUAGGCUCAGAUUAGAUUUGUACAGCACUAAGACUAGUUACCAUUCUCUUCAUUUGGAUAUCAAUCAAACCAUUUACACUCUCGGUGAACAUGGUAGUACUCAGCAACCUGAUAGUUUAUUCAAAUAAUGUGCUCAUUACUGCACGAACUCUUUAGCAGGGGUUGUUCUUCUGAGGUAAUCAACGACGCUAGCUUCAAUAUCAUAUCAUUGUGUC